AUGACCACCACCACCACCAGCAGCAGCGGCAGUACUACCUGCGCCGACUUUGAGCUCGCCGAGCUGCAAAAGUACUACCACCUGCCGUUGCGGGAAGCGGCGCGGCGACUCGGGAGCUGCGAGGCCGUCGUCAAGCGCGUGUGCCGCCGGAAGCACAUCCAGCGAUGGCCCUACCGCCAGGUCUCGUCCAAGCUCAUCAAGAUCCAGCACCUGUGCAAGUACAUGGCGCACGUGUCGGACGCGGCGCAGAAGGCGCGUAUCCAGCUCAAGAUCAAGCAGCUCACGCACGAGUACUUGGAACUGGUCGGGGGGCAGGUGCCGUCCGAGCUGCAACUCACACCCGCCGACGUGCCGACGCUGCCGCCGCCGCGGUACACGAGCGAGACCCCACUGGAUGCAGCCGUACUCGCUGCAGCUUCCGAAGAUGACAAAGACGACGUUAGCAGUGGCUUUGACGACGACGACGACGAGGACGAAGGACUAAACGAGGGGUCUUUGAGCGAGCAGCACCUGUCGGCCUACUCGCUGCGCUUUAUCCUGUCCGACUGCACUGUGCUGGAAACCCACACGGGGCUCCACUACAGCACGAGCGCAUAG